UGCUCUCUCCUGGAUCGACAGUAACAUGGAAGAGCAGUCUGGACUGAGAUUUACAGCGAGCAGAGAAUAACUGCUAAAUGAUCCGUUAACCUGCCUAACCUAAUACUUUUAACUCGUGUAUUUCUUAAGAAAGGUGUUUUUGUGAGGUAAUGAAAAUGUUGGGCAUGUACGUGCCGGACAGAUUCGUGCUGAAGUCCUCUAAAGUUCAGGACGGGAUGGGGUUGUACACUGCCAGAGCAGUCCAGAAGGGUGAGAAGUUUGGUCCUUUUGCAGGUGAGAAGCGGAUGCUGUGUGAUUUGGAUGAAAGCAUGGAUCCACGGCUGAUGUGGGAGGUGCGAGGGAAUAAAGGUGACGUGCUGUACAUUCUGGAUGCGAGUAACCCUCGUCAUGCUAACUGGCUCCGCUUCAUCCAUCAGGCCCCAUCACAGGAGGAGAAGAACCUGGCUGCCAUUCAGGACGGAGAGAACAUCUUCUAUUUGGCUGUGGAUGACAUUGAGACAGAUACAGAGCUUCUGAUUGGUUAUCUGGACAGUGACAUGGAAGAGGAAGAGGAGGACGAUGAGGAAGAUGAGAACAUCAAAGAUGAAAAUGAGAACAAUAAAGAUGCCAAACACCUCAGCACAGAAACAGAGAUGGUGAUUAAGAAGGAAGAUUAUCCAUGUCUGCUGUGUGAGAGCAGUUUCCCAAGUGAAGACGUGUUAGCUGAACAUCUACAGAGUCUUCAUCACAGAGGAAGUGCAGAAGACAAAGAGUUUAAAUGCCGUUCAUGUGGAAAAGAGUUUCCUGUCAAACAGGCCCUGCAGCGCCAUGUUCUUCACUGUACAGAGAGCUCGGCUUCAUCAGGAGACCCUUCAAAAGCUCAUCAGUGUGCUCUGUGUCACAGCACCUUCUCUUCAGAGUCCAGUUUUGAGCAGCAUAAAGAGGCAUGUAAAGGAGAUGGCCGGUUCAUUUGUAAGGCUGAGAGCUGUGGCAAACGAUUCAAGAGUAAAGAUGCCCUGAAGAAACACAAAGGCAACGUCCACACAGGGAGUGCUCGCAGGAAGUUGAUAUGCACCAUCUGUAAUAAGAAGUGCUCAUCCUCGAUCAACCUGCAGGAGCAUCGCAAGGUUCAUGAGAUAUUUGACUGUACUGCCUGCGAUAAAAAGUUCAUCUCUACGAAUCAACUGAAGCGACACAUGAUCACACACUCUGAAAAGCGUCCGUUCACCUGCGAAAUCUGCAGCCGAAGUUUCAAGCGUCUGGAUCAAGCCACGGCCCAUAAGAUCAUCCACAGUGAAGACAAACCGUACAAGUGUAAGCUGUGCUGGAAAGAGUUCGCCCAUCGCAACGUCUACAAGAACCAUAAGAAGACUCAUUCUGAGGAGAGGCCGUUUCAGUGUGAGGAGUGUAAAGCCCUGUUCCGUACCCCGUUCUCCUUACAGCGCCAUCUCCUCAUUCAUAACAGUGAGAGAACGUUUAAGUGCGACCAAUGUGACGCCACCUUUAAGCGUAAGGACACGCUCAAUGUGCACAUUCAGGUGGUGCAUGACGGACACAAGAAGUACAAAUGUGACCUGUGCGAGAAGGCUUUUGUCACACCCUCUGUACUUAAGAGCCACAAGAAGACCCAUACAGGAGAGAAGGAGAAGAUCUGCCCAUACUGUGGUCAGAAGUUUGCCAGUAAUGGGACUCUGAGAGUGCACAUCCGCAGCCACACAGGUGAGCGGCCAUAUCAGUGUCCAUACUGUGACAAGGCCUUCAGCAAGAACGAUGGCCUUAAAAUGCAUAUACGUACGCAUACUCGGGAAAAGCCAUAUAAAUGCAGUGAGUGCAACAAGGCCUUCAGUCAGAAACGUGGCCUGGACGAACACAUGCGCACACACACCGGAGAGAAGCCCUUCCAGUGUGAUGUGUGCGACCUGUCGUUCAGUCUGAAGAAGAUGUUGAUCAGACACAAGCUGACCCAUAACCCAAACAGACCCAUGGCUGAAUGCUCGCUGUGCCACAAGAAAUUCACCCGUAAUGACUACCUCAAAGUCCAUAUGGAGAACAUGCAUGGAGAGACGGAGGGAUAGACAAUAAUACAGCAACCAUGCAUAUUUACACAGACGUUUACUUUCAAAUCAUAUCUACAGUUCUACAAAGGAUGCAUAUAUAAAGAGUAUAUACAGCAAACACUUUCACAAGCACAUUGAUGCACUUUCACAAAUAUGAUCAGUGCACACUGUAAUUGGUGUGUAUAGACAUUCCAAAGAUCUGCGUACAUCUGUGUAUGUACGGAAAGCAUGAAAAUGUGCAAUUGUACAGAGUCUGCCCUUUUUCAUGUGUUUUUUUCACCAUUUUUAAGAGAUAUUUUGUGACCAAAGACCAUGUUUUGCGAAUUUUCUACAACCCUGUUUGUUGUUUUUAAAUGUUGUUUGCAUUUAACUGUAUAAUUCAAUAUUUAUCGUGUUAUAUUAAUAGUUUUUCUUCAGGUUCACAUGAGGUUUUUGUUUGAUUGUAAGAUUAACAUCUUGUGGUUCUAAUUUGAAAAGUUUGCAAUGCAUUUGACUUUUGUUUUGAUGAAUGAGUGAAUAAACCACUGAU